AUGACUAUGGACAUGUCCUCUCCCCGUAAUGGCUCUGGAUCAGAUGCCUCGAGUUCCACAGAGGACGGCCCUACUCCUCUGGUCGGUUACACUGUGAAGCCUCGUAAAGACCAUCUACUUCAACGGCGUUACUUCCCCAGCAAGAUUGGUGGCUCUCCGGCGUGGCUAGACCCGGAGCUUUUGCCAGCGGGAGAUCUCACUUGUGAUAACUGUGAUCAACCUCUGACCUUCCUGGCUCAAGUCUACUCUCCUGGGGAGAACGAUGCCGCCUUUCAUCGGACCAUAUAUGUAUUUGCUUGUAGGAGCUGCCCGGGGUCGUUCAGAGCGUUGCGGUCACAACUGCCGUGGAACAACGUCUACUAUGCCCCUAUCCCGGCCUCAGAGGACGACACUACUGUGGAUGACGAUCUUGUUACGUCUAGGAGCUGUUCUUUGUGUGGUCUUCCACGCGAUGUUGCUGAGUGUGACGGCCAAGGAGUGCAUGUGGCCUGUCGGAGGGCACUUGAGAGUCGAUGGAAACUGCAGAUUGAUGAAUUCGGUUUGUCCAUUGAAGAGUGCGACGAGGAAAUGACCGACAGCGAAGGUGACGUUUCGGAGUCCGAUCUAGUUGGAGACGAGAGCCACUUACUCGAGGAGUAUCAGAGGAAGGAUGACAUGAUGGACGACUCGGAGGUAGAGGCAUUCGAAGAACUCUGUCCGGAGAUAGAUGCUGAUGAUGAAGCCCAUAAGGACUUCGAGAUGCUCGCUAAGGCUAACCCUGGUCACGUCAUCUACUACUGUCGUGGUGGAGAGCCGAUGUGGUUGACGUCUAUGGGCAAGCAGCCUU